AUGGCCAGUUCUAGCCACAAAUCGGCCGCCGAAGUUAAUUUACUUGGUAAGCGAAAGGUGGAAGAUGGUUUGGAGACCAAAUCGAUGCUGAAGAGACGUAAGGAGGAGGAGACAACGAAAGAGCAGAUUGAAGCAAGUGUCGAGUUGUCGGAGACAAAGUCUGAUGAGGCUGAUUUUUAUGAAGAAGCUACUGCCGCCGAGACAGAGACAGUGGAAGGAGUUGAUGAAACUCCCGAAUUCUCUUCUUUUUCUUAUUAUCUCACAAACACACUUGGCUCAUACCUCCAGGGCUUGGACCGAGGAGCAUUUGUUGAGUUUGCUUCUGCUAACCAAGCAAAGAAGGCAUUGGAAAAGAAGCAGGGUCAAUAUUUGCACAAUCGCAAGAUUUUUCCUGCUGUGGCUAUUGAGGGAUCCCGAUGCUUUCCACCCAAGUACUGCAUAGAUCACAAGGUUUGGUACGAAGAAGACUACCUUGAACAACAAGAUUGCCGCCUUCCGAUAGGAAAAGAUCCGAAUUCUGUCAAGGAAUCUGCCCUACUCUUUGUUGCCAAUCUCUCUCCCCAAACAACUAAACUUUCACAUAUCACCCUUUUCUUCAAAGAUGUUGGAGAUGUUGUUAGUGUUCGACUUAUUGUAAACCAGGAGGGUAAGCAUGUGGGCUAUGGCUUUGUUGAGUUUGCUACUGCUCACCAAGCAAAGUGGGCGCUGGAAAAUAAGAAUGGUGAAUACUUGCACGAUCAUAAGAUUUUCUUGAUGCAAGGACUUGAUGGAACUCCAGAUUCUGCUGAGGCAGUUGCCAUAAGAAAUAAGACACUCUUUGUUACCAAUCUCUCUCCCAUAACAACAAAAAUAUCACAUAUCAUCAAUUUCUUCAAAGAUGUUGGACAAGUUGUUCAUGUUCGACUUAUUGUAGACCAAAGAUGCAGGAUGGUGGGUUUUGGCUUUGUUGAGUUUGCUUCUGCUAACGAAGCAGAGAAGGCGCUGGAAAAGAAGAAGGGUGAAUAUUUGCACAAUCGCGAGAUUGCUCUUGCUUUUGCUAAGACAGACGCAGACACUUCAAAAGACGCAGACACUUCAAAAACCAAGUAUUGCUUAGAUCACAUGGUUUGGUACGAAGACUACCUUGAACAACGAGAAAUAGAAGAUGCAGCAGUAGAAGGACUCGAUUUUGUUGAGGAUGUUGCCUUAAGGAAAAAGACGGUCUUUGUGGCCAAACGCAAUAUGAAAAAGAGUGGUCUUUGUAACAUACCAAAUAUCAUCAAGUUAUUCAAAGUUGUUGGAGAAGUUGUUCGUGCUGGAGUUAUUGUAGACCACUGGGGUGAGCAUGUGGGCUGUUGCUUUGUUGAGUUUGCUUCUGCUGAUGAAGCAAAGAAGGCGGUGCCAGUGAGGAAUGGUUAUAAUUUUUUUGUUAACGUGGCUGAGAUAGAUCGUCCAUACCCUUUCCGACUCAAUUACAAGCUUGCAGAGAAGCUUUGGUACGAAGACAACCUUCGACGAGAAGGCUUUGGUUUGCCGAUCAAACCGAAGCUGAGGGAAGCUGAGCCGGCAAUCGACUGAUAGACGAAGAAGAUAAGAUGAAGCUCUUUGGUGUCUUUAAGUACAUGGUCCCUUUUAUAUUUGGUUAUUAUAUAUAAGAUAAAAUGUUCAUGUUUUGACCAAAAUAUAUUAAUUUUAUAUAGUUUUGUACCGUUUUAUAACUUUAAAAGACUUUCUAUAACUUGAACUUGUUAAUCUGGUUGGACCGGCUUUUGGUUUAGGAGUGGAAUCAUGUCACAUGUGACACGAAGCGCGUUUGUGUAAAAGAAUCGAGUUACUCCC